AGAAACUGUUCAGACAUAAACAUAAUGUCUGAACAGGACCCAAAGCAGAUAAAUGCAAAAUACAGAUAAACGGACAUUACAGAUACAUGUUUAAAUAGUGUGAGUCCAAUUACUGGGUCACCAAAAGAAUAUUAGAAUGAAGUAAGCCUUCUCUCUCCCCACCAAGAUAGCCUCAUUGGGGAGAAGAUAUAUAGAAGAAGAUGUAUAGAGUGGUGACCGAGCAUGCCUCUUACUGAUCCAUACAAGACUAUAGGAAGUGAUGAAACAGCUGAACAUAGAGAGUGUGAUGUUUGUCAAUACUGCUAAUUAAUUAUUAGCUUAGAAAUGUCUGGUGGCACAGAUGUCAUGGCUAGUGGGGGAGGUGUGGACUCAUCAAGCAUGGAUGAACCCAAAAAGAUGACACGGGAAGAUUGGAGAAAGAAGAAGGAGUUGGAAGAACAGAGAAAAUUGGGAAAUGCCCCAGCUGAGGUGGAUGAAGAAGGAAAAGACAUCAAUCCUCACAUUCCUCAGUACAUUUCUUCAGUCCCAUGGUAUGUGGAUCCAACGAAGAGGCCAACUUUAAAACAUCAGCGACCCCAGGAUGAGAAGCAGAAGGAAUUCUCAGCAAUGGGAGAAUGGUUUAGGAGAGGCGUUAAAGAGGGCACAAUUGCAACUAAGUAUCGCCAGGGAGCUUGUGAAAACUGUGGCUCUAUGAGUCAUAAGAAAAAAGACUGUUUUGAGAGACCUCGGAGAGUUGGUGCAAAAUUCAAUGGAGCUAACAUUGCUCCAGAUGAGUUUGAACAACCCGAGCUUAUGCUUGACUAUGAUGGCAAGAGAGAUCGAUGGAACGGGUACAAUCCAGAUGAACACAUGAAAAUUGUUGAGGAACAUGCCAAAGUUGACUUGGCAAAACGUACAUUAAAGGCUCAAAAACUUCAAGAGGAACUGGCCUCAGGAAAACUUUCAGAACACGUGAGCUCUCCAAGACACCAUUGGGGAGAAGACGAUCAUACCGCUCAAACAGAUCGCAACAGCGAGGAUGAAGAUGAAGACAAAUAUGCUGAUGACAUUGAUAUGCCUGGACAGAACUUUGAUUCCAAGAGGCGCAUCACAGUCCGAAACCUUCGUAUCCGAGAAGAUACUGCCAAAUAUCUGAGAAACUUAAAUCCAAACUCUGCAUACUACGAUCCAAAGACGAGAGCCAUGAGGGAAAAUCCAUAUUCUGAUGCAGGGAAGAAUGCAGAUGAGGUCAGCUACGCUGGAGAUAAUUUUGUCCGAUAUACUGGAGACACAAUCUCUAUGGCACAGACACAAUUGUUUGCCUGGGAAGCCUAUGAGAAAGGUUCAGAUGUACAUCUUCAGGCCGAUCCUACUAAACUGGAAGUUUUAUGCAAAUCAUUCAAAGUUAAGAAAGAAGACUUCAAAGAAGACCAGAAAAAGAGUAUCCUAGAAAGAUAUGGAGGACAGGAACAUUUGGACGUUCCACCUGUGGAGCUGCUUCUAGCCCAAACAGAGGACUACGUGGAAUACUCUAGACACGGCACUGUCAUUAAGGGACAGGAGAAGGCAGUCACUCGCUCGAAGUAUGAAGAAGAUGUUCUCAUAAAUAACCACAUGUGUAUCUGGGGUUCAUAUUGGAAAGAUGGAAGAUGGGGCUACAAGUGUUGCCAUUCUUUUGUUAAGAUGUCUUAUUGCACCGGGGAAGCUGGGAAAAGCAUCAGUAAUACUGAUAUAUGUGAAGAGGAACUGGAAGCAAUGGAAGAGAUUUCUAAGCCGAAGACAUUAGUGGAGAUGCAUCAAGAAAAAAUGAAGAAAAAGAAGAAAAAGCACCGUAAAAAUGGUGGUUCUGACAGUGAGGGUGAAGAGAAGAAAAAGCAGGAGAAACUUAAGAAGGCAUUGAAUGCUGAGGAGGCUCGUCUUAAACAUGUUGAAGAAUUACUGCAAGUGGAUGAAAGGAAGAGAGCAUACAACAGCCUAUAUGAGUCACGAGAGCCUACAGAGGAGGAGAUGGAGGCGUACAGGAUGAAAAGACAGAGGCCUGAUGACCCAAUGGCCUCAUUCCUUGGACAAUGAUUCCCCAGUUGUAGAGUUCACCAAGAAUUGUUUAUUCCUUUUUUAUUUUCCUCCCAUCUGGCGCCCAAUUUGUAUAGCUUGUUACACGUCUUAAAAAUUAGCAUAUCGUCUAAAAUGUGUCUCUCUACGUUAUACUGUGUAUAAUGAUGAUCUGAAUUAUCCCAUUAAAUAUUUAACAUAAAUGACUGUUUAUUCACAACUGCAGUUUUAGGAGUAGAAAUUGAUCAGUCCCGAUAAUGGUAUUGUCACAAGUGCCGUAUUUUGCGCAUUGGCUUCUGCAUAUUUUCCCACCCAUUGGAGUCAAUUGACAUCAAUGGGUAGGAAAAUGCGCAGACGCAAAAUACAGCACGUGUGA